AGUUUGAGGGAGUAUUGUUAAACACAUAAACGGAUCAGACGUGCGUCAGUAAGUAAUGAUGGAUUCAACUUCACGGAUCAGAUUUCAAGCUGGCUCACAUGUGCCCGUACUUUGUAUUUUGGUUUUACUCGUUGCCUGUUCCUGUUCGAGUGAGUUCCGUGGGGAACUGUUCACAGCAAUGUCCGGGUGCUCUGAAGGUGUCAUUCUUCCGGUGUCUCCUGUCAACUCUGAUGUUGUAGCAUCUGCAGGUCAAUGUUUGGCAAACUGUCUUGAAGAUUCCAGCUGCAUGUCCGUCAACAUCUGUGAAGAUUCUCAGAGUGGACAGGUGUGUCACAGACUACCUGAGACAUCAAACGGGUCGUGUUCCGAUCUGCAGGCGGCCGCUGGGUGUGUCCAUCUGGAGCCGGUGAAUGUGUGCCAACACGGAGGAACUUUCAAUGACUCCACGUCUAAGUGUGAUUGUUAUGAUGACUUCACGGGACCCUACUGUGAGAGACGAUACAGAGACUGUUCUGAGGCCCACAAAUAUGGAAUGCGAGGGAAAACAUCCAACCAUCGAAUCAUCAGCAUCCAGCCACUUAACGCUCCCACAGAGUACGAGGUGGAAUGUCUUCUUGCGUCUGGAGGCUGGACGGUGGUGGAAGAACGAAAAUCAAGCUGCCAGAACGACUACAACAAGACAUGGGAUGAAUACAAGACUGGAUGGACCACGACAUGCAACAGGUGGCUCGGACUUGAUGCUCUACACUACAUCUCAAACCAAGGCAUCGCCAAAUUCGAUAUGAGCGUCCGCGGAAGUGGUGCAUUAUCAGGACAGUACUACUACUCUAAUUUCAAGAUUGGUGAUGAAGCCGAUGGGUACACUCUCACCUACACGGGUAGCUUUCAGCAUGCUACUAAAGCUUCCGGGAAUGGUUUUGAGUACGGAGUAGCGAGUAAGAGCAUCAAUGGUCAAAGGUUCGCCACGUGGGACCGCCCCGACCCCUUGGGGUGCUCUGUAAGUGAUGGAGCAGGGUGGUGGUAUGGGACUGACUGCCCUGAAACAAAUCUCCACAAGAAGUUCAAUACCAGUGUAUCGGCGAUAAACAUGGCGCAAUGGCCAGACAACAAUGGCGUUCUGGAAAAAGUAUCUUUUAUUAAAACAGAGAUAAAGGUAAUUUGGUAAUACACUGUCAGCAUGUAAUGACCUGCAUCUGCGUGCUGAUUCUCAAACAAAGUACUUAUCGCAUUUGGAAUCCUAUAUAUUCCUAAAUCAACAAACUCUUGAACAAGGCCAGUGAUUGGUACAUGGGUCCUUUCCACAAGGCACUGAUGACCAUCACAUAGUGUUAAUACAUGUAAUAUCUAUGUCCGAACUUCUUAAGCUACUUUACAGGCAAACCAGUGCAUAGGUGAAAGGUAUACGCUGGGAAUAUGGAUGAACUUUGGAAAGGACAUGAAAAAAGUGCUCAUUCAAUUUAUUUUCUUGAAAAGUGACGAAAAACAAUUUUAAAUUCAUUUUCUAUCAGAACUUCUCGUCUUUUGCUUCCUGCCUCUGUGGCAAAAUUGUGUUUUUUCUGGACUUGUCUUGAACCA